GAUAACCUUCCACCUAUCCUAAAUGCCCUCGAAGUGCAAAACCGGUCCCCGAGGCUGGUGCUGGAAGUUGCGCAGCACUUGGGUGAGAACACUGUCCGCACCAUCGCCAUGGACGGUACUGAAGGUCUCGUUCGUGGACAACCAGUUCACGACUCUGGUUCGCCCAUCCGUAUUCCGGUAGGAGCUGAGACCCUUGGUCGCAUUAUCAAUGUAAUUGGAGAGCCAAUUGACGAGCGUGGCCCUAUUCCUACUGAUAAAACAGCUGCGAUCCACGCUGAAGCUCCUGAAUUUGUGGAAAUGUCUGUGCAACAAGAAAUCCUGGUAACAGGAAUUAAGGUUGUAGAUCUACUCGCUCCUUACGCCAAGGGAGGAAAGAUUGGUCUGUUCGGAGGCGCUGGUGUCGGUAAGACUGUACUCAUCAUGGAACUGAUCAACAAUGUAGCCAAAGCCCACGGUGGUUACUCUGUGUUUGCUGGUGUAGGUGAACGAACACGUGAAGGUAACGACUUGUACCAUGAAAUGAUUGAGUCCGGUGUCAUCUCUCUGAAGGAUAAGACAUCCAAAGUAGCUCUUGUAUAUGGUCAGAUGAACGAGCCCCCUGGCGCUCGUGCCCGUGUCGCCCUGACUGGACUUACUGUUGCUGAAUACUUCCGUGAUCAGGAGGGUCAGGAUGUACUGCUCUUCAUUGACAACAUUUUCCGUUUCACUCAGGCUGGUUCUGAGGUGUCUGCUCUGCUGGGUCGUAUUCCAUCUGCUGUGGGUUACCAACCAACCUUGGCCACUGACAUGGGUACUAUGCAGGAACGUAUUACCACCACAAAGAAGGGUUCCAUCACAUCUGUGCAAGCUAUCUAUGUGCCCGCUGAUGACUUGACUGAUCCCGCUCCGGCCACUACUUUUGCUCACUUGGAUGCCACCACUGUAUUGUCCAGAGCUAUUGCUGAGCUUGGUAUCUACCCAGCCGUGGAUCCCCUCGAUUCCACCUCCCGUAUCAUGGACCCCAACAUCAUUGGUGCUGAGCACUACAAUGUAGCCCGUGGUGUACAGAAGAUCCUGCAGGACUACAAGUCACUCCAGGACAUCAUUGCUAUCUUGGGUAUGGAUGAAUUGUCUGAGGAAGACAAGCUGACUGUAGCCCGCGCUC